UUUCCUUUUUGGACGUAUCUUAUCACGGCAAGGAUAUUUACUCCGGUCUGAAUUAAAAAUCAUGGAGUUUCGAAAGUCCUUACCUUACACAGUCAGCAUCAUCAUGAUCAUCUUCUUCAGUUCGUCACGUGCAGCUAGUCAUUACAGCUGUGAUGGCCCAUUGCUGUCCACGUUGCCCCUGGGCUCUUUUGAGAGCUCUUCACAUGCAUUUGACAGUCAAGCUCCACACUUUGCCAAACUCAAUAGAAGAGACGGAGGAGGCGGGUGGAGUCCCAAGUUGACGGACAGGUACCCGUGGCUGCAGGUGGACCUCCGGGACCGGAUGGAGGUGACGGCGCUGGCCACGCAGGGACGCCAUGGCAGCUCGGACUGGGUCAGCGGCUACAUGCUCCUGUUCAGCGACACGGGCCGCGUCUGGAAGCAGUACAGGCAGGAGGACAGUGUAGGGAGGUUUGUGGGUAAUGUGGAUGCGGACGGCGUGGUCCAGCACAAGCUCCCCCACCCCAUCAGGACCCGCUUCCUCCGCUUCGUUCCUCUAGAGUGGAACUCCAGUGGCUGGGUGGGGCUCCGUGCCGAGGUCUACGGCUGCACCUACAAGUCCUAUGUGGCAGACUUUGACGGCAGAAGUUCCCUGCUCUACCGGUUCAACCAGAAGUCCAUGAGCACGGCCAAAGACGUCAUCUCGCUGCGCUUCAAGAGCCGCCAGGCGGAGGGCGUGCUGCUCCACGGGGAGGGCCAGCGGGGCGACCACAUCAGCCUGGAGCUGCACCGUGGGAGGCUGGCCCUGCACCUCAACCUGGAUGACACUAGGGUGAGGACCAGCGGACCGCGUGAGGCGGUCACUCUUGGCAGCCUGCUGGAUGACCAGCACUGGCACACGGUUCUCAUCGAGCGCUUCAACAGGCAGGUGAACUUCACGCUGGACCGCCACACGCAGCGCUUUCGCACCAGAGGUGACGGGGACACACUGGAGGUCGACUACGAGCUGAGCUUCGGAGGUAUACCACUCCCUGGAAAACCCGGAACAUUCCUGAGGAGAAACUUCCAUGGCUGUAUGGAGAACCUGUACUAUAAUGGAGUUAACAUAAUCGAUCUGGCCAAAAGACGCAAGCCACAGAUUUACAGUGUGGGCAACGUGACCUUCUCCUGUUCGGGGCCCCAGCUGGUGGCCGCCACCUUCCUGAGCUCGGCUAGCAGCUUCCUGUCCCUGCCGGCGCCGCCGCCCACGCCUGAGGGCCUGUCUGUGCGCCUGCAGUUCCGCACGUGGAACGCCAACGGCCUGCUGCUGUCUGCCCACCUCGCCCAGGAGCCCCAGCACCUGGUCCUGCAGAUCAGCAGCGGCCGGCUCCACCUCACACACCGGACCAGCGCACUCAAGACCUCCGAGGUGUCGGCCGGCCAGAGGGUGAAUGACGGGCUGUGGCACUCUGUGAGCCUCAGCACGCGAGCCAUGCAGAUCACCAUGACACUGGACAAUGAGCCCUCCUCCACCAUCCUGCUCCAAGACCAGCUGGAGUCAGGAGACCGCUUCUUCUUCUUCGGAGGUUGUCCUGCGGAUGAUGGAGACUGUACCAACCCCACAACGGCCUUUCAGGGGUGCAUGCGUCUUAUCCUCAUCAACAACCAACCAAUCGACUUCAUCCUUGUGCAGAGAGGCAGACUGGGAACUUAUAACCAGCUCCAGUUUGACAUCUGUGGGAUCCGUGACAGGUGUCUCCCCACCUUCUGCGAGCAUGGAGGCCGGUGUUCCCAGUCCUGGAGCUCCUUCCAGUGUGACUGCACUGGGACUGGUUACAGCGGAGCCACCUGCCAUAAGCCUAUCUACGAGGCGUCGUGUGAAGCAUACCGACUAAUAGGCAGCUCUUCAGGCUACUUCUCCAUCGAUCCAGAUGGGAGUGGACCACUGGGGCCCAUGCAGGUGUACUGUAAUAUGACAGAACAAAACGUGUGGACUGUAGUUCUUCACAACACCACAAAUGCCGUGAAGGUUCAGGGCUCCACCCUAGCGAGGCCACACGUGAUGCAGUUCAACUACAGUGCCUCACCUGACCAGCUCCAUGCCCUGGUGGCUGGCUCAGACCAGUGUCAACAGGAAGUGGUGUACCAGUGCAGGAAGUCCCGCCUUUUCAACAACUGGGACGGUACGCCUCUGUCCUGGUGGCUGGACCGGAGCGGUGAGAAGCGGACCUACUGGGGCGGCUUCCUGCCCGGGGUGCAGCAGUGCUCCUGCAGCCUGGACGAGCGCUGCGUGGACAUGAACUACUUCUGCAACUGUGACGCCGAUAGAGAGACGUGGGUGAAUGACACAGGCAUUCUUUCAUAUAAAGACCACUUACCCAUGAGAGAGAUUAUCAUUGGAGACACUCACAGACCAGGGUCAGAGGCUGUCUAUAACGUUGGACCUCUCCGCUGCUAUGGUGACAGAUCAUUGUGGAAUGCGGCGUCCUUCUACCAGGAGUCAUCCUACCUGCACUUCCCCACUAUGCAGUCCACUCUAAGCGUUGACAUCUCCUUCUACUUCAAAACCGGCGCUCCCUCGGGAGUCUUCCUGGAAAACCUCGGACUCAAGGACUUCAUAAGGGUCCAGCUCAGCUCUCCAUCAACAGUGACCUUCUCCUUCGACGUGGGUGACGGUCCGGUGAUCUUGGCUGCAAAGUCUCCAGUGCCCUUGAACGACCGGCAGUGGCACUGGGUCCAGGCGGAGCGCAGCGUGAAGGAGGCCUCGCUGCAGGUGGACCAGCUGCCGCUGCGCUUCCUGGAAACGCCCGCGGACGGACACCUCCACUUCAAGCUCAACAGCCAGCUGUUUGUGGGGGGCUCGUCGUCCAGACAAAGUGGCUUCCUGGGCUGCCUGAGGGCUCUGCGGGUGAACGGCGCCCACCUGGACCUGGACGAGCGGGCCAAGCUGACCCCAGGCGUGAGCUCCGGCUGCCCUGGCCACUGCAGCAACUCGGCCAACCUCUGCCACAACCGCGGCCGCUGCAUCGAGCAGAGCAGCGGCUACGUCUGCGACUGCACCCACUCGGCCUACACUGGCCCCGCCUGCAAAGAUGAGGUGUCCGUGUCGUUCGAGAGAGACUCCUCGGUGACGUACGCAUUUCAGGACUCGUUCCUGGUGAUGCGCGACAGCAGCUCGCAGGCCUCCUCGUCCAUCUCCACAGAGUCCAGGGAGAACGUGGCCUUCAGUUUCGUCACCACGCAGGCCCCCGCCAUGCUGCUCACCAUCGGCACCUUCAGCCAGCAAUACAUGGGCAUUAUCCUGGCACGCAAUGGGAGUUUACAGAUCUGGUACCGGCUCCAUGAGGAGGGCAAGCCUGAUGUGCUCACCCCCACCUCCUGCAGCCUGGCUGACGGACGGCUCCACCGGGUCAGACUCCACCGCGAGGCAAAGGACGUGUACGUACAGGUGGACCAGGAGAGUAGAAAAUACACCCUGUCGUCUGACACUGAGCUGAACUCUGUGAGAUCGCUGACGCUGGGCAAAGUCACUGGCACGGAGACCUUGGAUGAGCGAGUGGCGGUGGCCGGCUCCAGGGGCUUUGUGGGCUGCUUCUCGUCGGUGCAGUACAACCACGUGGCGCCGCUGAAGGCAGCGCUGCUCAACCGCGGCAGCUCACUGGUCACCGUCCGUGGCAACCUGGUGGAGUCCAACUGCGGGGCACUCUCUGUGUCCACAUCCAACUCUCUCUCAGACCAUGUUGAGGAGCCGGACAGAGCUAAUGACCAGGAUGAUGGCGUGACCCAACAUGACUCAGCAGUAAUCGGAGGAGUGGUGACGGCGGUGGUGUUCAGCAGCGUGUGCGUGCUGGCCGUGAUGAGCCGCUUUCUGUACCAGCACCGGCAGGCUCAGCGCGCGGCCAGCCUCCAGGAGAAGGAGACCCAGCGCCGCCUGGACGCCGCCUACCACGCCGAGCUCCACAUGCACAACUCCACGCUCCACCACUCCACGCUCCACAUGCGCGACAGCCUCCGCGAGUACUACAUCUGACCAGAGCAGAGCCCUCCUCAGUCCUCUGACUAGCCUCCAGCCAAGGACCCUGUCCUGUCCCUGUAAUAGCUGCCUGUCUGCAUGGAUGGAAACUGACAGCCUUUCUGUUCCAUGUCGGACUUGUGAAAAAAUAGGGGGGAAACUGAGAUUUUAAAAAAGCAGCUUCCAGUGUAGGUAGUAGCUAUUAGUUGCACAGUGACCCGGAUGAGUUUGUCCUGCUAAAGCUGUGAGUGGGGAAAGAAGUGUUUCAGAGAGAGAGAGAGAGAGCAGUGAUAGUGGCUUGUGACAAAUUGAUUCCUACUGGAGAGACGGCCGAGUCAGGUUGAAUGGUGAAUUAAGUCAGUGUUAGGAAGGGAGCUCCAGCAACCACCACGGAAACUGGCCUCCUUUUCGGCCAUUGUAGGUCACUAGGGGAGGGCGAAGGGAAGGCCAAAGAUGUGUGUGCUGAAAAACAGGCUUUUGCAGGAAGUGACAGAGUACGCUGAGGGUCGUGGUAUAUUACAGAGCGAGGUGCUUGAUGCCAGUAGGAGAGAAUUGAUUGAGUCCAAAACCCUUAAUUACAGCUAAUUUUGUCAAAUUAUGGCAUCAUGGCAGAGUGGUCAAUGUGGCAAAAACAGGCAUACUGGCCAUGCAUGGUGUGCACGAGAGGAUAUUUAUGUCUUUAUUUAUUUAUUUUGUUUAAAUACCCCUGCUCAGUUUUCAUUCCAAAGUGAAGCUAUUGUUGGGAGAUAGCCCUCCAUAGGCACGGUUCUGAAUGACCGCUGCACUUUGGGAACUUAGUGCUGAGAUCCUAAGGCUCUAAGUACUAAGGAAGCUAAGGAAUGUGGUCAUAUAGAAGUGCUGUACCACUGUGGAGGUUCUUCACUUCAGGGAGAUAAGUAUAUUAAAAAAUACAUCCAGUUUUACAAUCUAUGACAGAAGCUCCUCUGUCUCUUUGGUGGCUUGGAGAUUAUUAUGGUCUGCCUCUUGUCCCAUUUGUGUGGGGCUGUGGAGCUCACGUGGAUUGUGCUUUGUUAGAUAGGGUGUGGAAGAACAUCUAAACUUAUUUUCUUCACUGUACUGUUUUAUGCUAAAAUAAGUUGUGUGAAUGGUGAUUGUAUUGGCAAAAUCUCCAUCAUGAAGACAAGAAACAUCUGAUUAUGGUUAUGACUACAUUCAUUGAGGACGUGAAAAUGCAAACAUUUCAGAAUGCUUCUCCUUGUGCAAAAAUCAUGGUUGAGGAAAUGACUACUGUACACCCUUUGCACUCUGAUGGUUUGGCAGUUGAAUUGCUAUUUGGAUGGCUAUUUAAUUUCUACUAUGUUGUUUCAAAGACAUCUGCUUUUAUUUUGUAAAGAACAUGACAUACAGUACAGGAGGAAAUUUAUGACGUCUUAAGCUGCUUCAAAUUAUCAUGUCUACAUGUAACAAAUUCUGGUUUUAGGUCAGUCAAUACUCAGGGAGAUUAAUAGUCAAUGAAUCAAUAAUUAUUACAGAAUCUAUCUGAAAAAAUAUGUCUAGAAUUUGAGAAAAUGUGGAGUGCUGAAGUAUUUAUUGACAACAAAAUGGAUUCCUAUGGUUAGUCCCAUGGUUAUGUUUCUCUCCUGCUUUUUACUCUUGUAUAUUUUGAUGCUAUGUUGAUCAUGCUUUUACCUACCUGGGUGUUGGCCUUUCAAAAGAUCCUCAGCAGUCGAAUGAGACAUAGCCUACCCUCUACCCACUGGACUACACCUGCUCUCGUUCUUGUUUAAUACCACAUAAGCAGCGAUCUGAUCAGAUCAAUCAUUCAGAGACUGACUAUGAAAUAUUAGCAACACUAGACAGACACAGAAAUGCAAUAUAUAAACAACGAUUCAAAGAAAGGCUGGCUAAAUUAUUGUUCAUUUUCCUUUUAAUUGAAGUGUCCUUUUCACUAAAUAUAUUAAUCUGAGACUAUUUUCUAUUUCUAUUGAUAUUAUGGUUAU